UUUUUUACAGUACCGACGGGUCCUGAUACCUUGCACUGUGGAUGCUCCUUGAGCUUGGAAGAGAGAAAAAAACCCACCCACUUGCGCCCAAGGGUGCUCCUUCAGCCUGACUAUUUGGUGGAAGGAAUCCUGCCACAACACACCACUGAGGUCUCCACCUGUGCCUGGGUGUGAUGAAACCUUGAGAAACAAUUACCCUCUGUCCCUCCUUGGCCUGACGCCUCCACCUGGCAGCACUGACUUGGCUGGGAAGCUCAUGGUGGUCACUACAGCCACCACAGAGGUGCACUGACACCCUCGGCACUCACCUCUCCUCCCCCUGUCCUUUCCCCCUGUUCUGCCGUCCUCCUCGCUCAAGUCUGCCAGACACCAACAACCAAUAACUAUGAGCUCUCACAGUCGACAAGGUGGCUUGAACAGCAAGGAGCAGCCUCUGGAACUUCUUAAACCAGCUACGCUCAACCAUUUCGUUGACGUGAGCACGGCAGCGCUGCCCACACAGGUGCCCCCCACCACGACAGCCAUCCUCCCCAUGGAUCUACGUGUAGUCGACCACCCCCACCACCACCACCACCACCAGCAGCAGACCCCCUUCAGUCUGCUUCCCCAACCCCACCCUACUCCGCCCGCCUCCACAGCUUGCCCCGCAUCUACCGAGCCGGGCCAUGGACCGGUCAUUAACCACCAGGAGCAGCAGCUGCAGCAGGAGCUGGUGUCACUCAAACACAAGCAGCAGCUCCAGAGACAGUUACUGAUCGCAGAGUUCCAGAGGCAGCAUGAACAGCUGUCGCGACAACAUGAAGCCCAGCUGCAUGACCAUAUCAAGCAUCAACAGGAUUUGCUGGCGUUGAAGCACCAACAAGAGCUGUUGGAGCAUCAGAGGAAGAUGGAGCAGCAGCGUCAUGAGCAGGAGCUGGAGAAGCAGCAGCGAGAACACAAACUGCAGCAGCUCAAAAACAAGGAGAGAGGACAAGAGAGCGCAGUUGCCAGUACAGAGGUAAAGAUGCGACUUCAGGAGUUUGUCCUGAACAAGAAGAAAGCCCUGGCUCAGCGAAACCUAAACCACUGUCUGCCCAGCGACCCACGCUACUGGUAUGGAAAAACACAGCACAGCUCCUUGGACCAGAGUUCUCCUCCCCAAACAGCAUUGUCAGCGUACCGCCACCCAAUGCUGGGCACAUAUGACUCAAAAGACGACUUCCCUCUCCGCAAAACAGCCUCCGAGCCCAACCUGAAACUUCGUUCGAGGCUAAAGCAGAAGGUGACAGAGCGCCGCAGCAGCCCUCUCCUUCGCAGGAAAGACGGUCCCAUCACUAGUGCCAAGAAGCGAUCCCUUGACGUUGCUGAGUCUGCAUGCAACAGUGCACCAGGCUCAGGUCCCAGCUCCCCAAACAACAGCUCCAGUAACAUCCCCAAUGAGAACGGGGUCACAAUCUCCAGCAGCCCAGGAGAGGCCUCCCUGCUUCAGCGGUUGGCUGGGAGGGAAGGUUCAGUUAGCCAGCUCUCUCUCUACACCUCCCCCUCUCUGCCUAAUAUCACCCUGGGACUGCCAGCCACAGGCCCUGGUAGCACUGUUGUUUCAGGACACCAAGAUAGUGAGAGUCGUCUGGCAUUAUGUGGGUUACAGCAGGGCAUUCCUCUGACCCCUCCUUUCCUGCCCACUGCCCACCUACCCUCUUAUUUGGCAUCUUCGGCUCUGGACAGGGAGGCUGCUGGAGGGGGCACGGCUGGUCACAGCCCCCUACUUCAACACAUGGUACUGCUGGAGCAGAGCCACAGUCCAAUAGUUGGUCUGGCUGGCCUACCACUGCAAUCACCUUCUGUCUCCAAGCUUGCGCGGGGCCACCGUCCCCUGGGGAGAACCCAGUCGGCCCCACUUCCCCAGCAGCAGUGCGGGCAGGCACAAGCCCUGCAGCAGCUGGUGGUCCAGCAGCAGCACCAGCAGUUCCUGGAGAAACACAAACAGCAGUUCCAACAGCAGCAGCAGCAGCACAUCAUCAACAAGAUCAUGUCGAAGCCCAGUGAUCAGGUCUCAACUGCAAGCUCCAGUGCUUCGGGGCCAGGCAGACAGCAUCAGAGUCACCCAGAGGAGACGGAGGAGGAACUCAGGGAGCACCAGGGCCUCUCGUCCUCCUCCUCGUCCUCCUCCUCUACCUCUGUGCCGGAGGCAGGGCCUGUACGGGGGCUGGUCAUCAAGCAGGAGCCCCCAGACCCACAGGAGCAAGAAGAGAGAGAGCAGAGAGAAAGACAGGCUGAGCAGGAGUUGAUGUUUCGACAGCAGGCUCUGCUGUUAGAGCAGCAGCGGAUCCACCAGCUGAGGAAUUAUAGAGCCUCAAUGGAAGCAGCCGGGUUGUCAGUCAGCUUUGCCGGACAUCGCCCCCUCUCCAGGGCUCAGUCAUCUCCGGCUUCAGCUUCCUUCCCAAUGGUGGUGCAGGAGCCGCCCACCAAGCCUCGUUUUACUACAGGUCUGGUUUAUGACUCUUUGAUGCAGAAGCAUCAGUGUAUGUGUGGUAACACAACCAGCCAUCCAGAACAUGCCGGUCGCAUCCAGAGUAUCUGGUCACGACUACAGGAAACAGGCCUGAGAGCACACUGCGAGUGUAUCCGCGGUAGGAAAGCUUCGUUGGAAGAGUUACAAACAGUCCACUCUGAAGCCCACGUUAUGCUGUAUGGAACCAACCCACUGCGGCAGAAGCUUGACUGUUCUGUGAGCCCAAUGUUUGUGAGGUUACCAUGUGGAGGUGUAGGGGUGGACAGCGACACCAUUUGGAAUGAGGUCCAUUCAUCCAGUGCAGCUCGUCUGGCCGUCGGCUCGGUGGUGGAGCUGGUAUUCAAAGUAGCGUCAGGAGAACUGAAGAAUGGUUUUGCUGUAGUGCGACCACCUGGCCACCACGCUGAAGAGAGCACACCUAUGGGAUUCUGUUAUUUCAACUCGGUCGCCAUAGCAGCCAAACUCCUGCAGCAGAGGCUCAAUGUCAGCAAGAUCCUCAUCGUAGACUGGGAUGUCCACCAUGGUAAUGGCACCCAGCAGGCCUUCUACAGUGACCCCAGCAUUCUCUAUCUGUCACUGCAUCGUUAUGAUGAUGGAAACUUCUUCCCUGGCAGUGGAGCACCCGACGAGGUUGGCACCGGAGCAGGUGUAGGCUUCAAUGUGAACAUGGCGUUUACUGGCGGACUGGAACCUCCAAUAGGUGAUGCAGAGUACCUUGCUGCAUUCAGGACGGUGGUAAUGCCUAUCGCCAAUGAGUUUGCCCCAGAUGUGGUUCUGGUAUCUUCAGGCUUUGAUGCAGUAGACGGACAUGCUCCACCCCUGGGAGGAUACAAACUGACUGCCAAAUGCUUUGGCUACCUGACCAGGCAGCUGAUGGCUCUGGCAGGCGGUCGGUUGGUGCUUGCCCUGGAGGGGGGUCAUGACCUCACUGCCAUAUGCGAUGCCUCCGAAGCCUGCGUCUCUGCUCUGCUUGGCAACGAGUUGGAUCCCAUCCCUGAUGAGGUGCUGCAGCAGAGACCAAAUGCCAAUGCAGUCCACUCAAUGGAGAAAGUUCUUGAAAUACAGAGUAAAUAUUGGCACUCACUGCAGCGCUCUGCCUCUACACUUGGCUGUUCUCUGAGUGAAGUCCUAAGACGUGACGCAGAGGAAGCUGAGACCGUCUCUGCUAUGGCCUCGUUGUCUGUGGCAAACAAGCACAUUGGAAAAAGGGCUGAAGAGGAACCAAUGGAAGAGGAAGCUCCUAUGUAAAGAAACAUCCAUAGCCUUUGACCACUCAGACCAGUCUUCAUCUUUGACAGUCUCCUCAUCCAGCCAAAUCUCUGUUUCUGUUUCAAUGCCGCUCCCAUGUCUCCCCUCAUGUCAUGUCAAGAUGCCGUCUUAUCAUGGGGGGAGGGAACAAGUUGAUCUGACAAACGCGGCGCAGAGAGGAAACACUGAAGAUGACCGAUGCAUUCACUGAUCAGCGGUGCACAGACUGAUCAACAUAAAUGUGUUGCAUUAUCUCUUCAAUACCUUGGAUAUAUGAGUGUAUUGACUCAACCAUCCCACAGUUAGAACCUCGAGUGCCAGUGCUUUUAAAACACUAGAGAGAUGUACUUUUUGAACCAUACACAGACAAUCUGCAAGUGUCUACUUUUCUUAAUAUUAUGUUGUUUUUUUCUGUACUUUAUCGUCGUCUUUUCAUCAAAAACCACCAGAGCUAAUGUGACUAUGACUCUGCACUAAGGAUGGAUCAUUCCUGCUCUUUCAAGAUAUCUGGAUGAAUGGAAGAAAAAGUGGUCAAAUUUGUUGCCAUUUUCCGAGGUGGUUGGAGAUUUUUUUUUUUUUUUAAUUCUGCUGGUGUUUUGAUUUUGAAAUAAUUGACAGUAAAAGACUGUGCGUUUGUGCCUUUUUUUUUCAAACCUGGUGGAUUUCCUGUUGAACUCUACUGAAAGAGCUUUGCCUUAAAAAAACAGGCUUGAGAACAAAGCCUCUUCUCCCAAACCCCUCAACAUUUCUAUCCUGGCAAAACAUCCAAUGCCUGCAUGUUGUUGGCACAUAGACUGGAGGACUUUGGCAUGUUUACCUGUAAUUCCCUGUAACCAGCCUACUACUGUCCCUCCCUAUACCUCCAUUUUUCCUUUCCCCCCUCAUUUUAAUCUCAAUUUAGAAGGUAGUUUCCAGCCACAAGUUGGAGUUGGUUCAGUUAAAAAGGAAGUUUAAGGGGGAUUAGUAUUACUAAAUGCAUCCAUGUAUCAGAUACUGUAUCAGUUCUCUUUAAGGGAAGAGUUAAGUAGCAUGCACUGUACUACAGCAACAGGACCUCUGAAAACUAGAAUGCUGUUUAUACUUUGUGUGGUAUUUAGACAAUAAUCAAGCUGAAGCAUGAUGGACUAUCAUCUCUGUAAAGUCGAAUAAUCACAAACAUAUGAGAAAGGAUUGUUUUUAACAUUUGAAAAUUAAUGUAGGAUAGAGAGGAGCCAAUUUCAUAUGUUGUAAUGUGAUGAAGAAGCCCACUGUUGAAGGUAACUCUGUCUCCACAAUAACAAGGACCGUACCACCUGGGAUUUUCCACGGGGGUGUUGCACGGCCGCACAGGCUUUCACAGCUGGUUUAACAUCUGCUCCCCAAAUGUCAGGUGCUAAAGCAUGAGGCAGGUGUGCACACAUCUCUGUUUAUAUACAGUUGUGUGAAGUGCAUCCUCACAUUUUUCUAUUUAAAUCUUCCUUUUUUUUCUCGACCAGUGAUACAUCCCGUGGUACCGAUGAAUUUCCUUGCAACUCCGAAGAGCACAUGUAGCUCAGAUUCUUCUCUGAUUCAAAAGCAGGUUAUUGCAUUUGAAAAGUGUAUCAAGUUUGUAACGAGCCAGACUGUGCAACACAAAAGCCACCAGCCUAGUUGUAGUAAACAUUUUGAUUGUCAAUUUUGGCAGGUGUAACAUCAUAAUUGCAAGGUCUUUUUCCUUUUAAAGUCUACAUGUGAUAAUUGAUCAUAGCCAUUGUAGCCAGUGUUCUAAGGUUAUCUUCCCAUCUGUAACCAUUCCUCCAACUUGUGUUUGGCCUUUGGGCAGCUACCUUCUUUCCUGUUUGUGACAUCUACAAACUAAUCACACGUUAAAUGUAUUUUUUUCAGUGAACAGGAAACAGAGAGCCGUGGUGUUUACUGUACAUAAGACAUUGAUCUCCUCAGUAUUCCUGCCACACACAUUUGUCGAUGACUACUCUACUUCUGUUGAUUCUUUUUCUUGUUUUUCCUGCUUUCCGUUGCCCUGUAAGUGGACUGUCUCUUGGAGCUCUUUGUACUUUUUUAAUGUUUUGUCCUCUUGUUUUGUACACUUUGUUCACUUUCCCCUCGCUGUUACAUUGUAAAGCUGACAUACUUCACUACAGGUGAGGGUUCAGACUAACUGUUUUUAGCAGAUGUUACAUGACUGUGUUUUUCUGGGUUCAGGGUUUUUGUGGGAGGGUCGGGAUGCAAAAUAUUUCUACUUUGUAUAAAUAUGGACAAUUGUGUAUUUACUGUCUGUUCAUAGUAGAUUUAUAUAUGAAAAGAAAUGAGUAUAUUAUAUAUAUAUAUAUAUAUACAGUAUCUAUACAUAAUGAAAUACUAUGAUCUUGUUUUCGAAGUUGGUAUUGAAAAAUGAUACUUUACAUUGGUCUUACAUACAGUAGGUCCUUUUAGAGUGUUACUGAAGGCACAAUGUACGGUCCUCUGUGACAGUCGGUUGUGUGCUUAGUAGCAUUUUAUUGGUUGUCUUAUUGUCUUUCAACACUGAUGACUAGUUUUUUGGCUUUAUUCAUUCCAUUGGUACCAAGUCACCAUCGCCCUCUGCUCAGCUUCACACAUUCAUGCACAUAUUUUGUACUGUUGUUGUUUUUUAUGCCUUUAGAUUUUAUUGUAGAAAAACAUAGAGACAAUAUAUUGAAAAUAACCCGAGUGGUGAUCCAUUUCUUCCAUUUUCUAAAAGUUUUACAAGUCCAUCUUCUAACAUUUAAAAAAUAAUGAUAAUAAUAAUUUGGAUUUUAAGUAGGAUUUGGCUAUUAAGUCACUCUGAUGGGCCUUAUUAUUACACCUGAUCAUCACUUAUUUUCUUAUUUGGCCAAAUGUCCUUAGUUUUAA